GUACAUGUAGUGCACUGUUAGGUGUCGUUGUAAAGCCUAUUGUAUUGCUUUUUAGUGAAAAACUGAUUUGCGCUCAAAAACUCAUUACAAUUGAUUAAUAUAUUAUUAAAUAUAUUCAACUCAUUUGAAUGAUGUCUUAAUUGGUUUAAUCACUGGACUGUUGACAAUCAAUUUGGACAUCACUUUAACAAUCAUAAGACAUUGUCGUUCAUCUGUUAGGAUCUGUCAGUGAUAAUACAAAAGAGAGAUGGACGGUUGGGGUGACCAGUCAUACAAUAGUCAGCCAUCGUUUGGUUCAAUGAACAACUCAUACGGUGGUAAUAUGAAUCAGUCGACCCGAUCGGAAGCCUCUAAUUUGGCGCCGAUUAAUGUCUCGGCACAGCUCGAGAUUAAGGGGUUUUCAGGCGAUACAGACAUCGCUACCAUUCGCAGCAAAUUUGGCCGAUAUGGUCGCAUUGCACGGGUUAUUAUGGAUUAUAGAAUCGUUGAGAAAAGAGUUAAUUGUUAUUUGGAUUACGAAGUGGAGGGCAGCUGUGAUAAUGCCAUCAGAUUAGAGAACAAUAAGAAAAUCGAUGGAAAGACUAUUAUAGUCCAAAAAAAGACAAAUAAUGACUUUCAAAGCAAUGAUAGAGGAGCGAAGCGACCACGAGUUGAUAGCGAUGGCGGUGGUGGUGGUGGCGGUUGGGCUAAUGAUAAUAACAAAUCAUCGAAUUGGGGAUCAAAUAACGAUGAUUGGGGCACUUCUUCACCUUCUAAUAAUAAGUCUGAUGGUUGGGGCGAUUCUAAUGGACGAAGUGGUGGCGGACGACCGGCAAGCGGUGGUCGAGCCUGUCAUAAAUGUGGAGAAGAAGGACAUUUCUCACGAGAAUGUCCUAAAGGAGGCGGCGGCGGAGGUCGUGGUGGUAGAGGAGGCGGUCGAGGAGGUGGAAGGGCUUGUUUUAUUUGUAGCGAAGAAGGACACUUCUCGAGAGAAUGUCCUAAAAAAGAUUCGGGUGGCGGUCGAGGACGCGGAGGAGGCAGAGGCCGUGGUGGUCGUGGAGGUGGCUCCUCUUGGGGUGAUUCAAAUAAUACUACUAGUGGUGGAUCUGAUUGGGGUGACUGGGGUUCCAGUUCUAAUGAUAACAAGUCAAGUAACGAUUGGGGAUCAAGUAAUGCCAAAAACGAUGAUUGGGGUACAAGUAGUAAUAGUACCGCAAAAGUUGAUGAUUGGGGAACCAGUACUUCAAAUACAAAACCUGCAUCCAGUGCUCCGGCAGCUGAUGACGAUUGGGGCACUUCUGCAGAUACAAAGCCUAAUACGACUACUAAUCAGUUAGACUGGGACUCAAUACUUGGCGGCAAUAAGUCUACCACUGAUCCACCAAAGACUGAAUCAGAUAACAAAAAAACGAACGAUGACGACGACGGAUGGAAUUGAUUGUCGAUUGAAUUACAUUUCAACUGAUAUAUCGAUUUAUUUGAUGAUUUCAAUUAUAUUUUUAAAACAUUAUUGAAUAUACACUGUAUAUCUUAAUCUCACAAACUUUAAUCAUAUAAUUAGUGAUUUGAAUUUAUUUUUGUUUAUUUUGAAUUUCAUUAGUGUAUCACACAAUCAAUCUUUGACUUCUAUUUCAUUAACAUUCACACAAUUAUUAUUUCUACAAAUUCCCAAAU